UGUGGGUUCGAAGGCGGUGGACGCGGCACAGAGCUCGCAGGAAUGUAAGCUCCAGGUUCGGGUCCCGGUCUUGUCCGCAGUGGAAAUGGACGAGCGAAGUGCUUUGUUGGGCAACCAACAGCAUCAGAAUCCAGACCUUCUGUCUCCAAACCUGAGGCCGAGACACCAGGAUCUUAUCCCCACACCAUGUGGACCAAUCAAGGCCUGGUCGGAGCUGUCGACACUGGUGAAGUUCUACUUCUGCUUCACCAUCGCCUCUCUGCUGGCGCUGCUCGGCCUCACCUCAUACAGCAUCUACAAGCAGCACAUGAACACCGACGUGUCCGACGAGGACAACUUCACCGUGUCCAUCAUUCAGUUCGUCGGCAUAUUGUUCUGCAUCUACUACAUCACCCGCGGCGUGAUGCAGGAGAACAGACAGGAGCUGGGGGCGUUCGUGUUCAGCGUGUUGGCCGUCAUGAUCCGAUCCGUGGUCAACUUCUCUGUGGUGGGGUCAAAGGGCGAGCCGGAUCUGUUGGCUCGCUUCGUGUGCAUCAUGCUUCUGGGCAUGGUGCACGUGCUUUGCACCAUGCUUCUGAUCCGGAGCCCCAACAUGAUGGCGUUCCGUGUCGGCGGGGCCCUGGAGAGCCUCCAGGAGCAGUACUUCCUCCUCAACCUGUGCUUCUCCAUGGUGACCUUUGACCUGCAGGCUCAGCUGUGUCUCUGCAUCCUGAUGACGACGACUGACCCGUCCAUGUCGGCUGCCAACACCAUAAUCCUGGCAGUGGGUGUGGUCUGGGCCUGCCUGACCGCCGCCGUGGGGGCCGUCGCGGUUUUAAAGGAAGCCAAGGUGCUGGUGUGGGUCUUCAUGGUGCAGAACAUUCCCCAAGUGGCCUUCUUUUUUUAUCUCAUGUACACGGUGGUGGAGAAAUGGUUCCAGGACAAAACGUACACGCUGGAGGCCGCCGCCGUCACCGGAGCGUUGAUUUCCCUCCUGAUCAAAGCCGUUCUGUUCUGGGGGCUCAUCAAGCUGGUGCACAGCUUCGGGCAGGGCCUGAGGGAGAGAAUGUUUGCUUCGGCUCAGUGAAAACACAUCCUGAGUUCGUGGGUCCAGGUCGGAGCUGCCGCUUGAUUCAGAUUCAGUGCCAUGAUGUGAACAGAACCAAAGCAUUCCCAGAACUUCUCUUCACUCCUGAUCUGCUGAUUAUCUCAUUUUGACUUCAUCAGUUUCUUCUCUGACCAACCUGUUAAUCAUUAGUUUUCUGGAUCCUGAUCAUCCUAAACGAACACAGCUCGUCUUUAAUCCAGCAGAUUUUUUUUUCACUCAGCUUUAAAUGAACUUGGAUCUAUAAAAACUCAUUUCAUGGCCUUUUUUUUGUUUGUUUUUGACUGAAUUCUUGUAAAGACACUGAUUUGUACUUUUAUUUCUUCUUUUAAACUGUAAUAUAAAAACCGGAUGUUCCUAAUAUAUUUUUUGUAAAGUGAACAAACAUCUUUUACUGACUAUAAAACAGCUUCUCGUCUUAUGUACGACUUUACAUAUUUCUUCGCUUUCUGCAGCACCUUAACACACUCAGUGUUUUUUAUAUUCAUGGUUCCUAAUAAAUAAAAAAAUACAUAAA